AUGACCCCUGCUGCCGCUACCUCUGGCAUUGCAGGCGAGGGCCUGGCGUUUGUAGUCACUGCAGCAGCACCCCAGGGGGCUGCAGCAGGGGUGGGGCUGGGAGGGGUGGGGAAGCGGAGUGUGGCGGUGGAGUUUGACUCGGUGCUGAGUGUGAAGCACAGCGACCCCAACGACAACCACGUGGGCGUCAAUGUGGGCGGCUCACCUGUGUCCCUCGCCUCUGCCACGGCCCCUCUCAUCCUCAACGACGCCCACACCAAGCACGCCUGGAUCCACUACGACCCCACCAGCGGCGGCACCCUCCGAGUCUUCCUCUCAGCCUCCAGGCAGCAGCAGUCCAAGGCUGUGGUGACGGCGAGAGUGUCUCUGUGCAGCGCACUCAAGCCCACUGUAGGGGAUUCCUCCUUCCUGUUUGGAUUUGUGGGUUCCUCUUUGAACAACACGCAGAGGCAUGACAUCCGCUCAUGGAGCAUUGUCACUGGCAUACUUCCUGCUGUGGACUGGAAGAAUGAAGCCCCUGGUAAGCAUAUCUUUCCCAACGCUUUUCCUCUCGCCUGCAUGGAUGCGGUAUGGCAUGGAUGCGGUAUGGCAUGGAUGCAGCACGGCAUGGCAUGGAUGCGGUAUGACGGUAUGGCACAGAUAAGGUAUGGCAUGGAUAGGUGUCGAUUGGCCGGUUAUGGCAUCGGGACAAAGACAACCAUUCAACAACCGCAUCAGCCCCCCUUGACCCUUCCCGUGUCCCUUCCUCCACGCCCCUCCCUGCCUGCCCAUACCCGGCCUGCAGCCGACUCCUCGGCAUACGCAGUGGUGGCGGCGGUGGAGGCAGCCUACAGCAUCACCAGCAACGGGUCGCAGCCCCCCAGGCUGUCGGUGGAGCAGUUUCGCCUCGCCCUCUCCGCCAAGUGCGACGACAUGCCUCCGCGCGAUGUGCUGGCCUUCCUGGUGGCUGCCACGCGCAAGGGAGGGGGGCUCAUGGAUGACGCAGCAGCAGCGCCCGCCAGUCCCCACAGCAUGGCGUCCACCGGCCGGCGGGAGAGACUGGCCACGGUGAGUCGCAGCCAGUGA